AUGGUGGCCGACCACCAGUCCUCCUCCCCCGCCUCCCCGCGGCCGCGGUUCACCAUCGGCUACGCGCUGCCGCCCGGCAAGGCGGGCAGCGUCAUCCAGCCGCCCCUGGAGGCCCUCGCGGCGGAGCGCGGCAUGCGCCUCGUCGCUGUCGACGCCUCGCUCCCGCUGGCCGACCAGGGCCCCUUCGACCUCAUCAUCCACAAGCUCUUCGACCGGCCCUGGCGCGCGCAGCUGGAGGCCUUCUCCGCGCUCCACCCCUCCGUCCCCGUCGUCGACGCCCCCGCCGCCGUCGACCGCCUGCUCGACCGCUUCACCAUGCUCGACGUCGUCCCCGGGCUCGCCGCCGGCCUGGACUUCCCGCUGUCCGUCCCCGCGCAGGUCACCGUGAGCGACGCCGCCGCGCUCGCCGCGGACGACCCCUCCCACGGCCUCCGCUUCCCGCUCAUCGCCAAGCCGCUGGCCGUCGACGGCAGCGCGGGGUCCCACGACCUGUGCCUCGUGUACCGCGCCGAGGGCCUCCGGGGCCUCCACACGCCCGUCGUCCUCCAGGAGUUCGUCAACCACGGCGGCGUGCUCUUCAAGGUCUACGUGGUGGGCGGCCGCGCCGUGUGCGUCCGGCGCAGCAGCCUGCCGGACGUGCCCGCGGCGCGCCUCGCGGACCCCGACGCCGACGCCUCCGUCCCCUUCGCCAACAUCUCCAGCCGCCCCGCGCUGGACAAGGGGGAGGACUCGAUGCCGCCCGCCGCGUUCGUCGACCAGGUCGCGCGCGGGCUCCGCCAAGCGCUGGGGUUGCACCUCCUCAACUUCGACAUGUUCGCGGCGACGGAACUGGACGACGGCGGCCGGCAGAGAUACUUCCUUGUCGACAUCAACUACUUCCCGGGGUUCGCCAAGAUGCCGGGCUAUGAGACUGCUCUCACGGAUUUCUUCGCCGAGAUGAUUCAGGUCGGCACAGGCGCCGCCAGCUUCGAGAAGCUCGAAUCUGUGCCCUGCAAUGGCAUAGAUCUCGAGUGA